AGCACCCGGGCGGGGAGGAGUGUGGGUGGUUGCGGUGUUCUCCGUACUGUAGCCUGUGAAACAACAGUGCGGCCAUGGCAGAACCACAGCCCGCAUCCAGCGGCCUCACCGACGAGGCUGCCCUCGGUUGCUGCUCCGACCCGGAUCCCAGCACUAAGGAUUUUCUGUUGCAGCAGACCAUGCUACGAAUUAAGGAUCCUAAGAAGUCAUUGGAUUUUUAUACUAGAGUUCUUGGAAUGACGCUACUCCAAAAAUUAGAUUUUCCCACUAUGAAAUUCUCACUGUAUUUCUUGGCUUAUGAGGAAAAAAAUGACAUCCCAAAAGAUAAAGAUGAAAAAGUAGCAUGGGUAUUCUCCAGGAAAGCUACCCUUGAACUGACACACAAUUGGGGCACGGAAGAUGAUGAGACCCAGAGUUACCACAGUGGCAACUCAGACCCUCGAGGAUUUGGUCACAUUGGAAUCGCUGUUCCUGAUGUACAUGGUGCUUGUAAAAGAUUUGAAGAGCUGGGAGUCAAAUUUGUGAAGAAACCUGACGAUGGUAAAAUGAAAGGCCUGGCAUUUAUCCAAGAUCCUGAUGGCUACUGGAUUGAAAUUUUGAAUCCUAACAAAAUGACAACUAUUAUUUAGUUCUGUGAGAAUACUGCUUUGCAAUUUCAGUGAAGACCUUGUGGGAAGUAAAAAAGGAAAUGGUGUGAUUCAGGACAUUCAGAUAACAGAAACAUCUAGGACUGAAGAAUCAUUGUCCCAAUUUAAGAUUAUUCUGAAGUCCACUCCCCUUUCCUAGUUCAGCUAUGUUUUUCACCUAACUGUUCAGUCAUUGUGAUUUUAAAGUAGUGCUUUGUCUUAGGUCCUUGAAUUUAGUUAAAAAACUUUACUUUUUAAGGUAAUAAUUAGAACAGUUCCCUUCAGAGGCUGCAUUUGCCUUCUUUCUCCUAAAUAUGAUUUCUCUACAAGUCUGCCUUUGAAUCAUCAUUCUCAAAAAAAAAAAAAAAAUUAACAAGUUUUUGUUGUGGUUACCUUCGGGGGUUUCAAUUCCUCAGAAAUAACUUUUCCCAAUGAAAAGUAAAGAACACUGAACAAAAAUGAAACCUCGUGUAUACUUCAAAUAGUAUAAAGUGUUUAUUUUACAAAAGAGAAGCAAGUCAGAAUCAGACUGACAAGGAUGUUGACAGCAAAACUAAUUUCUUCUUACUUACAAAGUACUUUCAAAGUUCAAGGACUAACCUCUUUAUUUGGGGAUGCGGCAGUGGAUGGGAAGAAUAUUUACUGGGUAUACAGACACUGGGCUAGGCUGUCACAUACUGUAUCUCAUUUAAUCCUCCCAGCUAUCCUCUAUCCUGUGAGAAAGAAGGCAGACUAGACAUGUAAAAUAACUUUAAUGAAUUGAGGCAAUAUAAAUAGGCUCAAGUACUCGAGAUCUGAUUCUCAUUUUUAGUAUUUAGAUUGCACUUCAAAAAUGAGUACCUCACAAGACCUCCUCCACUCGCCUCUGUUGUGAAAACUUUUGGCGAGUUUGAACGUUGUCCUCUCAGACGUAGGGCCUGAGCACUGCGGAGAGGGAAGGAACAGCAGAGGAAGUCUGUAGCACACAACUGUUCUGGGGACACCUGCUAAUUCCUGGGCAAGCCGUGCCUGUGUCACUCGUGAAGAGCCCCUACCCCAAGGUCUUCCUGAUGCCAGUAAUCAUUUAGGAUAAAUGAUGUUCAGUGAUAACAUAAUUAUCAGGAAUCAGCUCAAUGGUCUUCCUUGCCAUGAUUGAUAUUUGAUGGGUUUUAAAAAAUCAAACUGAUUUUGACAAUCUCAUGGCCCAGAGAAAUAACAUCCAGUUUGUGGUUUGCCUAACAUUUAGAUUUUCGGAAGACCUUUGGGUAGAUUGUGUCGACGGUGCUUACACUGCUAGAAGCACUUGACAUUUCCUUUUUGGAUAGAACAGACUAUGUGAGCAAUUCAAACAAAUAGCAGUACUUACAGAUGGAAAUAAAAUAAAAUUUCAAAUAAGACUGUU